AUGAAACAUUUAAAGUGCGACAAACCGGACACGCUUCAACCGGAACACGUGCAAAUCACGGCGAGCGGACUCAAACCGGGAAGGUCCUAUCGAUUUGAUAUGAAGUGAGUUUGAGUUUUGUACGAACACUACAGUAGGCGUCGUAGUACACAAAAGUGAUGACUGACAAAUAAACUGAAAGAUUGUUAUUGUUUUGCGAGCAGCUGUACACACAUUGGUGUGUCCGACAAUAUUACGUUCCCCAAGUGUUCAGACUUCGUCACAACUACGGAUCGCAUGCCGCUUACUGUGUCCUCAAGGCCGAUCAGAACGGAAAUAUUGACAUGGCGACGCAGAAGCCGUUGAGGGGCACCUAUUUCGGUCAGUUUCUAUCCGAAACCAUUCAAAAUCAGUGGCACUUCUAAUUGCUAUUGUUGCUCUAGAGACCUAUUAUAGUUGCACCGGACAGAAAGUGCGCGCUGUUCGCAAUCUGACCCAAUUUCUAGGCCGCGAAUUUUUUUUUGAGACGAAUGGCCAAGAUUCACAAGUCAGUUGGAGAGUUUUAGUUCUAGAGAUUUCUGGAAAAACCUGUGAAAUCAAUACAUGUCGCGCCACGGUCUCCAGAGCUGACAAAAUGGGCGUGGCCUCGGCCAAAUCGCGUUUUCAUGAAUUGAGCAGGUUUUCUCUGAUUUUUGUGGUCAACGGCGAUGAAAAAUGAUUGUUCGACAUGAAAACACACUAAUUCUCAGAAUUAAUGACGUUUUGGCGCAUUUUUCGCGGACUUUGCUUUUUCGCCUUCGCCGCCGAUUGCCGCCUAAAAACCGCACUUCUCAUUUUGCGCUUUCUUGACCGUUUUCAGAGAGAAUAGGUUUUGAGAAUGAUAAAUCACGUAAAUACAAGCAUUUUGAGCGCUCGAACCGCGAAAACUACCGAAAAGCAACUGAAAUUCACGCAGUUUUAGCGAAAAACCUUCAAACGGAUAAAUGUGAUUUGCUACUUGACCAAAUUUAACGCUCUUUCGCUUGAAAAAUUCGUAAUAGCCUUUACAAUCGGCCUAUCGAGAGACAAAUGAGAAAUUAUUGAUUUUUCGUAGCUAAUCUGACAAAAAACACAACAUUUGCUGUUAAAAUUUGAAUUUCGCGCCAAUGUAUCGCUCUGUUGGGCGCGGCGCACCAGAGUUGAGCGGAAGAACUCAACGGAAGAACACGGAAGAAUUUUUAUAUUUUUUAGAAAACUUUUUCAUGGAAUGUGAUCAACUGACGAAAUGUAUAACAAAGUGAACUGUGCUCAUAGAAAAAUAAUUGUAAAUUUAGCUUUUCAUACAAAAAAGUUCUUCGAGUCGUUCCGUGAAAAUGUCCUUCCGUGUUCUUCCGUUAACCCCCUCAGCUCUGGAGACCGUGUGCCGUUCGUCCGACUAUAAUCUAGUCGUCUUUGCCCUUUCCUCUCAUUUUCCGCUCGGCACGCUGUGUCCUGAUCUUUCUGUCCGUCAGACUCCACAACUCAUUCUCAUUCUCCCAAUUAAUUUCAAAUCGCUUAUCAGCAUGUUGCCGUACGCGUAGUUUCGUUUGAGGUCGAUCUGAAAAUGAAUUGAACUAAAUUACAGAAGCCGAUGCGAUGGGCCUAUUUCUGUCGAUGACUCCGUGCGAGGACUUUGCCUACGGUGGAUAUUUGCGCUGCACUCCGCCCAUUCCCUUCUUCUACUUGCUCAAGUAGCCUUACUUUGCUCAAUGUUCAGUUGUAUAACGUAAACACUUUCAGACUAUCAGAUGAGAGCGGUGUCCAGUUGGAUGAAAUGUACAUCAAGAAGCACUGGUCGCACCCGCUGCUCACCCGCACCGAAAUCGAGUACGACGGCUUCUGCGGCACUCUUUUCAAGCCGCCCGGCGACGGUCCGUUCCCGUGCGUCAUGGACAUCUCGGGGACCGGAGGAGGGCUCCACGAGCACAAGGUACUCGCCCGUCUUUUCACCUAAACCUCUUUCUUUUCACAGGGCGCCAUGCUCGCUUCGGAGGGAUUCGUAGUGCUGUGUGUCGCGUUCUUCCAGUUCAAAACCCUUCCGGAUAAGCUGGAGGAGGUCGAGGUCGAGUACUUUUUGGUGAGUUUGAGAAGCUCGAGAGCCAGGAACCAUGUGCAGUGUUGAAGUUGAUUUCAGAAACCGAUUCAGUUCCUUCUGAACUUGCCGUACACGACGAGCAUGCUCGGAAUUCAGGGAGUCUCGUUCGGUGCAACAAUUGUCGAUUUGCUGGCCACUAGAUAUCCACAGGUGUGUUAAUUAAACUAUUUUUCCGUACUUCUAGGCCAGAAAUUAGGUCAAACCACGGUCUCCAGAGCUGACAAUAUGGGCGUGGCCAUGAAUUGAGCAGGUUUUCUCUGAUUUUUGUGGUCAAAGGCGAUGAAAAAUGAUUGUUCGACAUGAAAACACACUAAUUCUUACAGAAUUAAUGACGUUUUGGCGCAUUUUUUGCGGACUUUGCUUUUUCGCCUUCGCCGCCGAUCGCCGCCUAAAAACCGCACUUCUCAUUUUGCGCUUUCUUGACCGUUUUCAGACAGAAUUGGUUUUGAGAAUGAUAAAUCACGUAAAUACGAGCAUUUUGAGCGCUCGAACCGCGAAAAUUACCGAAAAGCAACUGAAAUUCACGCAGUUUUAGCCAAAAACCUUCAAACGGAUAAACGUGAUUUGCGACUUGACCAAAUUUGACGCUCUUGCGCUUAAAAAAUUUGUAAUGGCCUAUACAAUCGGUCUAUCGAGAGACAAAUGAGAAAUUAUCGGUUUUUCGUGGCUAAUCUGGCAAAAAACACAAAUUUUGCUGUUAAAAUUUGAAUUUCGCGCCAAUGUGUCGCUCUAUUAGGCGGGGCGCACUUGCGACCAUUGUCAGCUCUGGAGACCGUGCAAACUGAAAAGAAAAAUAGCAUUUUGAUGCGGUAACAAUAUGUGUGUCUUCAGAUCAAAGCGGUGGUGUCGAUUAACGGGCCGCACGCGCAGAGCCAUUACGUGAUGCUCAAGGAGAACGGUGUGUCGAUGCCAGUGCCACGGUACCUUUCACAUUCGUCAUUUCGAGUAGAAACUUUUGGAUUUUCAGUCUGGACGACUCGCGUCUCUACUUCCUGAACACAAUUCUCGUGACUGCUCCCUGUUUCAAGUCCCUCACUCCACUUCUGACGCCGGAGAAUUCGAUUCAAUGGGAGCGAGUGCCUCUGGAGACGGCGUUCCGAUUGAUCGUGAGUUCACAGAUCUUUCCUCAAGGCAUCCAUCGAUUAAUACGAUCUCAGGGCUCGGUGGACGACUUGUGCUCGCCGUCAGUGCACGCAAACUUGCACAUCCAGCAGAAGCUCCUGGAAACCGGGCACUACGUCGAGUUGGAACUGGUGAACGGCGGACACAUCAUGGAGCCGCCGUACUUUCCGCACCACGACAUCGUCUACGCCAAGUUCCAGGGCUUCUACUGCGGCUACGGAGGCGAAAUCGUGCUGCACGCAAAGUCGCAGGAACGAACGUGGGCCAACACCAUCAAGUUCUUCAAGAGAAAGCUCGGAGCGCCGCCGCCGAUGCCCGAUUGGGUACGCCUGCAGACUGUGGAGCCGCCGUUGAAACCCAUCGAGAAUAGAAGCAGAUUAUAGACACAUUGUAGGCGCGGAUUCAUAGUAUCGUAUGAAAUGUAUUUUGUGGUUCUCGUUCUGUUUCGCUAUAAACAAUUGUGUCGUGUUGGAGUUUGAAGCACAAAAUCACUGUCUCCCCAACAGCUAAUGCUAUAUUGAGCGCCGCGUUAAAACGGAGUGUCGUUGAAAACAAAAGCAGGUCUCUGAAAUUUCUGGAUUUUUUUUCCGAAAAUCCGAAAUUUCAUCCGAAAAUGAGAAAAAUGAAGGAAAACAGAGAAUUUCCGAAUUGUUAAUGACAGCUGUGACCUUAAAUUAGCGUUUUGCCCACAAGAAAAAGCACAUUUUUUUUUCAUUUUUCUGUGAAUUUCAGUCCGGAUCCCCAAAAACUGAAAUUUCUCAGCCUUUUUUGCAUUUUAUGGGCCGUCUCUGUGCUCAAAGUGACCGCCUUUGUCUGCUGAACAAUCGUGAGGCAACUGUUUUUUGAUUCUGUCAACUGUUUUCUCAAAACUUCCGAAAGUUUGCGUUUUUUCAAGCCAAAUUUAAAAAAACGAAAUUACUCUUCGAAUUUUCAUUUUUACACGAGCACUCUGUGUGAUCAUUUUGUAGCUAUCGGUCAUAUGAACAAACGUGAGGCAAAAGUUUUGAAGGAAAAGUGUGCAUAAUCCCAAAAACGAAAAUUUUUUUCGCCGAAGAGGAGACAGAACGUCACGGCCCGGCUUUUCAUACAUGGGACUUUCGGUUUUUUCAAGUUAUCUCCAGAAAUCGAACAUAGGGAUCUCUGAUUUUUUUAUAAAAGUUCAAUUUUACUGUGUUCUUCAAAAUAAGCCAGGUUAGAGGUAAAUGUAAGGUUUCUGUGAGAAGUUACAGCUUCACAAUGUCCAGUCCUCCGUAUGCUUUGCCGGCCCGUGAGAACUGCAGCUACCCGUAAGGAUAUCAAAAAGUUAUCCACUAACAAAUUGAUCACUGAAAACUUGUGCACAUUUUAUCAUUCGUCCACAUUUUGAUACCUCUACCGACAGCUGAGAUACAUCUUCCUAAUCAGAUCCUCUUCAUCUCUCUCUCUCUCUCUCUCUCUCUCUCUCUUUUCCUCGUUUCCCCCGACUGUUCGAUUGCCUGCUCGCCUCUCAGCUGUUUCUCUCCGUCUCUCACUUCCCCGUACCUUUUCUUUCUUCUCUCGUUUUCUCUCCCACUCUCGCCACUCUUUUCUCUCUUCGUAUCGCGGCAAGAGGGGCCUCACAUCGCAUCGCAUUCUGUUCCGUGUUUGUGUGUGUGUGUGCGUAUCGAUUGUUACCUGUUUUCCGCUGGUAAAAGUUUUAGAGUUUCAAAAAUUUAGAGGUUCUGAGCGUGUAAAAUUCAUAAUGAGUAGAGUAAAUUUGAAAAUUUGAAGUGAGAUGGUAAACUAAACCGGUUUUCUUUUCGAAAAGUUUGACGAAAGGCAACUGUAGCAAUCAUGUGACACUUAUCGACUGAUCACUAUGAAACACUGUACCUUUUGUUCUGAAAUCGUUUCCAACGAACAAUUUGUCUGCUCAGACACCAUUUCUUGCAAAGUUUCAGCUAAAUAUGCCUGUCGCAUGUUAACGUACUUUCAAAAUCGUUCUACUGAAAUGAUGAUGUUUGUUGCAGAAGAAGAUGCUGUACACGAUCGCGGCGCUCGGAGCCUGUACGUACCUGGCGGUCAGCGAUUCGAUCGUCAAGAAGGUCGUCGUCAAGACGGUCAAAGCGGUCGUGUGGCCGGAGAGCGACGAGAAGGUGGCCGAGAAGCUGACGGAGCAGAAGACCGACUCGGAGGACAAGGACUGGGUCCUCUACUGA